GAGGCUGAGGAGAAAGAAGAAGAAAGAGGAGGACUACGGAUAUUCACGCAGCAUCCUUCCACUUACGGCAGCAGCAUGGCUGAGGGCUCGGUGUCUGUAGCAGAGGUGGAGACCUCCUUCCAGAAGUUUGCAGUCCACGGAGACACUAAGGCCACGGGGAAGGAGAUGAACGGCAAGAACUUUGCCAAGAUCUGCAAGGACUGCACCAUCAUCGACGGCAAGAACGUCACCACCACGGAUGUCGACAUAGUUUUCAGCAAAGUCAAGGCAAAGUCGGCUCGCGUAAUCACGUUCGAGCAGUUCAACCAGGCCCUGACGGAGUUGGCUCCCAAACGUUUCAAAGGCAAAAGCAAAGAGGAGGCGCUUCAGCAGCUCUAUGGUCUCAUCGUUGGUAAGGAGCCAACCAACGUCGGAAUCACUAGAGUGGCGAAGGCGGCGGCGGUGGACAGGCUGACCGACACCACCAAAUACACCGGAACGCACAAGGAGCGGUUCGACGACUCGGGCAAAGGGAAGGGAAAGGCCGGCCGCGAAGACCUCCCGGACACCAGUGGCUAUGUGGCAGCUUACAAGGGCAGCGGCACUUACGAUGACAAAGUGAAAGAAGCAUAAUCCUGCUGACGGAUGAUGAAAAACUGGUUUAACCGAUAACCUGAAUUAGGGUCGAUAAAAAAAACACACAUAAAUGCAUUGGCUACUACUUUUUGAAGACAAAAUGUAGUGUACCGUGUUAUUCCAGUGGGCCGAGCAUUCACCACACUUUUAAUGGAGAAUUAAUGAGAAAAAAGACAUAAAUGGAGUUUCAGGAUUUUCACAAGACAACCGGGAUGAGAAACUCACAGUGCUCUGUAUAUUUUCAGCCAAAAGAUAAACUGUACUCGUAGCCGAGCGUGCUUUAAAGAAACUGACUUUGCUCUGUAGAAUAGUUAACACUGUGCCUUACAAGUGAUGUAGCCAGCAGUGUGAACGCUCUGAUAUACAGUAAUGCUGCUGCUGUUCUCAGUUACCUUCAUGCUUUAACAAAUGAAGCUCCUUCGCUUGCUGCGCUUAUCGCUUUAUAUUUCAGUGCCUUUUGCUGCAUGACCAAUCGUUAUUGUUCUUGUCAUGGAAUUUAUUCACGUCAUUAAAUGUAAUUUAAUAUGCUACAUGAAAUAUAGAAGUACAGUAUGUAUAAAAUGUAAUGAGAAGUGAAGAACAAAGAAUAAGUAAAUAAACAGGCUCGUCCUGCCUUGAAUGGACUUGAAUUAGGCUCAAUAAUGAAUGGUUGUAAGUCUAAUUAACACUGUAUCAGUCUAUUUUGCCGUGGACAUGAGUGCUAAGUACCUGGAUUGCCUCUCUGACUUGUUGCUGGUGUACUUGUUUGGGAGAUUCACACACGUGUUCCUGUUUGGGGAUUUGUUUUAGGUGGCAUUAGUUGUCGCUGCUCUUCGAUCCACUGCUUUGUUGAACAAAUAUUUUCCACAAAUAAAGUCUGUUGCAUUAGCUGCUCCUGUUCGUUCAGGUUUCUGUGUGCCUUCGCCACAGGUGCCGUAGAAAGCACCAGUUCUGAGGACAGUGACGCUUUUGUGGCAUUCAUUUCACACUCAUUUGUAGGCAGCGAUAAGAAAACAGGAUGGUCCACUCUCACCUGAUUUGGAUCCUGGGGAAACUGGUCAGGGGACUGGGAUUAAAUGUUUUGUCUGCUCCUGUGCGCAGACACUUGGUUCAAGAGGAAGCCUGUGUGGGUGUUUGUCCCCAACUACCUGUAACUAGGGUGGACAUUUGGCCAUUCACUUGGCUGGGGAGUGUGUCAGGACCGGCACGUGUCCAAAUGUUGUAACCCAGUAGUCAUCCGUCUUGCUGAAACAUGCAGUUGUUGUCUAGAAGUGCUUCCUACCCGUCCUGACAUGCAAUGAAUCGCCCUGCUUCCCAGACCUCCUGGAAGGGUCCGCAUGAUGUCGUUGUCCCAUCUGACAGGGGGUCACCUCCUGAGGGGGAGGAGGAACUGGCAAACGACGAUGCAAUUUUGAGGGGUUUUCUAGAAAGGUCUGAACCCCCCACUGAAGGAUUUGUGGCAGUUUGCCUCCAGUUUGUGCUCGUGUUUUUAAAAAGGUGGCCAGUGCUUGCUGCACCUCAUCUGCAGCUCUUUGGUGAUGCCUGUAAGGCAGGGACUGGAGAUGAGCUCAUGCUCUCUUGUAUUCUGUUUUCCUGCUCUUAAAGAGCUCCUAUAACCCGAUUGAGGUUUCUUAGAGGGAAGCUGAUGCUAGCAUCAGAAAUGUUCAGGUGGACUGUCUGCCUUAUGUUACAGUUUGCUACAGAUUGCUUUUGCCUCAGGUGGGACGGUUGGUUGUGACAUUUAACUAUCAGCACUCCUCUUGCUGUAGUGUGGUUUUUCUUCUGCAGGUUGCUCGCAGGUGGAGAUGGGCGGAUUCAUCUAACCUGAUGUCUUACACGUGGCCAGGCUGGGCCCAGGUUAUUUAUUCUGGUUCAUUCUGUCUUUGUCUUUCCACAUCACCAUCCACCCUUUUGCUCUGGUUUUCCUCUGUUGUU